AUGCCAUCUGCGACAGGAAACAAGCGUGUUCGGGGUGUCUCAGUAUUCCGGCCAUUUGUCUUUGGCAGUAUAGCGCAUCCCUUCGACCCCGAACGAAAACCUGCAAACUGCCCUCCCGAUCACACUCACAAAUGGGAGAUAUUUGUUAGGGGGAUCAACGGCGAAGAUAUCUCCUACUGGCUCAAGAAGGUCCAAUUCAAGCUGCACGAGACAUACGCCCACAAUGUGCGCUCAAUCGAACAACCCCCUUUCGAAGUUACUGAAACUGGCUGGGGUGAAUUCGAGAUCCAAAUCAAGCUCUACUUUGUGCCUGAAUCAAACGAAAAGCCUCAGACCCUCUGGCACAGUCUGAAGCUCCACCCGUAUGGACCAGAUGCAGAGGGAAUGAAAGAGCGCCGGGAAGCUGUGAUCAGCCAGAAUUACGAAGAAAUUAUCUUCAACGAGCCCAUUGAGCCGUUCUACGAGAUUCUCACUGGUGGCCCCGGUGGUGCUCAGCCUGGAAAGAGCAAGGGAAAGAAUACCAAACAGAUUACAAAUGGCAGGACAGCAGAGAUUCCAAUGGCCGAUACCCCAGGCAAUCCGUACAGUCGGGGCACCGAGCGGAAGGAACUUGAUCGAAUGGCCGAGGCUACUCAGACAGUUGAACAAAUGAUCAAGGAAGAGAAGGAACGCCUAAUCGAGAGGGAGAAGUACUUGGCGCAGCUGCGAGAAAGUGAGGGUGUGCCCGCCAACACGAAGAAACGGUGA